AUGACACUCUGCAAUGCCUCCGCAACACUCCAGCUGCGUGCGCGAAAACCCCAAACUGCUCAAAUACAGGAAAAUUGGAUUCCCAGUAUUGCCUUUGUUGUUGGGAGCAGACCUGAGGAUGAACUUCACAUAAAGGCACUAACACUGGCUGUGCAGGUGCCACAAAGGAAACUCUUCAGUGUGGUUUCCUGGGAAGAAUUAUUAGCACAGAUCAUGGAAGUUGUAGAUGCAAAAGCAAAGAAGGUCAAAGAAAAAGAAACACCUUUAUUUUAUGAAGUGAUAGAAAUGGCAAAAAGCAUUCUGGAUUCUGGGGAAACACUCCCUGUAACUUUGAUUGGAAAAUUAAUUAAAUAUCAAAUGCUUUGCAUCAAACAGAAAGAUCUUCAGAGAAGGAUUGCUGAAAAGAAGGCACUAGAGGAGCGAGACAAGGAGAAAGAAGAGAAGGGAAAAGGAAAAGGAAAAGCUAAGAAGGAGAAAGAAAAAGAAAAGCCUGCCAGUGCCAAGGCUGGAAAAGGAGGCAAAGGCAAGCGGUCAACUGAUUCACCAAAUAUAUCAGCAACGAUCAUUAAAAAGGAUACCAAACUUAAAAGACGCGGGGAAGAAGAUGAACUUGAUAAAUUCAUUGAUGAUGAACCAGAUGAUGGCGCUCAGUAUUAUUUCUUAAUUACUGGUUUUUACAAUCCUCAACUUUUACCUAUACUGUCUGAUCUGGGCAUCAAUAUUGGAAGCAUCAUUCAGAUUUCUUCUGACAAUUAUGAGCCACUCCAGACCUAUUUAGAAACAACUACUUUUCAGGAAGAACUAUCUCUUACAUCAGAAGAAUCUGAAAACAAAAAGAAGCAAAAAGCAGAUAAAGACCUGGAAACAUUCUGGAAAUAUGUGGAGCCAAUCCUGAACAAUGGAAAACCAGGAUCAAAUAUUUUUCAGAUAGCUAGACUGUAUCACAAAGUCCAGGAGUCUUCCUUUCCUUUGGACUGGAGCAACAAUGACAUGGUGCUUGAAACUGGAACAGACAUCUUUGAAAAUGUUGCAUGUUUAAUGUAUGACUGCCUGGAUUGGAAAAGACAAUAUCAGUACUACUUGAAAGCGACUAGAUUUAUUAAUGUACCUGUGGUAGAAAAGAAGAGUAAAUUAGAGGUACAUAUGACUGUUACUCCAGUUACUCCAGUUACUCCUACCAAAAAAAAACCAGCUGUAGAUGAGCCUGUGCCACUUCCAGUUUUAACUGCAGAUGUAGACAUGAGGUACUACAAUGAUCUCCUGAGCUGUGUCCCUGAUGAGGUGGUUUCUGUUGCCUUAUUAUUGGAGUGUAUGUUGCAGCAGAUUGUUGCAUCAGAAGAAAAUCUUACACCACCAAGCCUAGUGAUUCCACUGCCACGUGAAGAUGGGUUGGAUCAUACUAUUGCCAAUCAUAUUGUUUCGAUUCUACCUUCACUUGCCCUUCUUGAGAAUGAAAAAAUGGAGCUGUAUAAUUCCUUUUAUCCUGAAAAUGAUGAAAACGUUAUGGCUCCCAAAGGGCCUGUAAUAUUAAACUAUCAUGAUAAUUUGUCUCGGAAGCUGCACUACCUAAAGGUAAAAGAUGAUUUGGACGCAAUAAAGAUUGAAGAAGAAAUGAUGGAAAAGCUGCCUUUGAUGGAACUUCUUAAAUUCCCUCUUCCAUCACCUGCAAACAAUACGAAACGUCUUGCCAGGCUUCAUGAACUCAUGCACUAUUGUACCGAUGAACAUAUGAAUUGGGCUGAAGUAGAACGAGCUUUUCGAGUGUUUACAUUUGAAAGUUUGAAGCUGACAAAAGUCGAUAACUCUGGGCGGCUUGAAAGUUCUGGCAAGAUGCUUGGUGGUGAUGAUGAGGUAUCUUAUAUCCCAUGGGACAAUCCUGCUAGGUUUGCUAGACAACUGAGACAAGAAUUAAUUUCCAAAAAGGUUUCUGAAGAACUUAAUCAUAGUAUUUCAGAUCUAGACUCUGAGGAUAGUGCAUUUCAAAGUCAACAACAUUUUUCUUUUUUACUGGGGGAAAAUAUCAAGAGACUAUCCAAAUCUUGCAGCUCAGAUUUGAUUGCUGAUGUUUAUGAAAAUGGUCUGAACAAUUCUGUAGAUAAGGUAAUUUCAGCCAUCCAAAAGACCCAGCAGCGGUGUUUGAAUGACUGGUGUUUUGUUGAGCAUUUUCAACCACAACUCCUCUUCCAGGUCCUUCACAAUGCAACUCAGAAUUAUAGAUGCAUUGAUUCCUAUUAUCAUACUCAAGAUAACUCUUUGCUGAUAGUCCUUCAUAAUCCCAUUAAUCAACAUCGUCAGUUCGAGGAGUUCUGGAACAUUUCACUGCAUUCUGAUGUUGGGUUCAGGAAUUAUCUGGAAUUGGUGGCUGCCUCCAUUGAUGAAUGGAUACUGAGAGAAGAAGCCAAAUACCAGGAAGAAAAGAUGGCUCAGGAACUGGAGGCACUUAGAUUGGCUAAAGAGGCAAUGGAAAAACCUGCUGAGGUCAAGUCUCCACCUUCUGGCAAAAAAGGGGCUGCUGGAAAGAAAGCGAAAAGUUCUUCCAAAAGUAAAGUAGAAGUUUCAUCUGAACCUGUAGCUGAGAAGGAAAAAAAUAUAUUUGUCAGAGAUGAAUCUCUCAAGGCCUGGAAGGAAGAGCAAGAUAGGCUGUUGGAGGAAGAACGUUUAAAAGAACUAAAAAAAGCAGAGAAGAAAGAAAAAUCUGUUGGGAAAAAGAAAGGCAAGGGGGCAGAGCCACCCAUUCCUGAAGAGGAAAAAGCAUCUAAGAAAAAGAGUUCUAAGGAUAAAACAGAAUCAUCCAAAUCAACAGAGGUUGAAGAUCAGGCCAAGUUACAGAAACAGAGUAAACAAACUGUGCCUCCUUUGCCUGAAGAGAAAGACUAUGAGUUUCUUGGAUAUAAUACAGGUGAGAAUCCCAUUCAAGUUUCAGGGACUAUCCAGUAUCUUUUCCCUACUGAUGGAGGGCAAAUCCAAGCAGAAAAAAUAAUGUUUGAAAAAGGGUCAACCUUAGUUAAAGUGAAGGUGAUAAAAGAUAACCACACUUUCUUCAUUCAUAUAAUAGAUCCCCAGAUAAGUCUAAUAGAAUGUAAAAGUGAAGAAGAAAGUUUGGGUUCCCCAGAAGAACAUGAGAUAAAACUAGAAAAACCAAUUAAUCAAGGAAAACCUCUGAGCAAAUUUGGAUCAUUUUCUGCAACCUUGGAAAAUGAAAUCCAUCUUUCCUUUAGUUGUUAUGGGGCUUCCGGAAAAGCAGCAG